AUAUGUAGCUCAGAUGAUAAUUCAUGUGUGAUAUGUUAUAGAGAUAUCGAGUUCGGACCUCUUCAUCCCAAACCCGACUCUUAGACGGUUAGACUUCUUAAAUAAGCAGAGGCUAACAUUACUACCUACAAUUUCCAAAAAAGACACUUUUAAAGUGAACAAUACCCGCGCAGACCCAAGCACAAAAACUUCUUUCAGAUGGUGUCAACAAGAAGCGGGAAAUCACUUCCGCCGCCGGAACAGACACCGCCGCUACCGCAACGACCACCAUCAUUUGUUGCUUCAACACCAACGGGUCCAAAAUCUCAAGCGGAUCCGAACCCAGAUGCCCAAUUUCUCAAGUCUCCACCGACUGCGGUCUCCGCCCUUUCCAUCAAAUCGGUGUUUCUGUAUGAUUGGUGGCUGAUGAAGCCUAAGGGCAACAAGAACAGGGGCUUGGCCGUUGGAGGGUUUGCUUCCAGAGGGAGACAAGAAGCAAGAGUCUUCUGCUCUGCGGAGAUUUCCAAGAGACAUGAUACCACCACACUUGAGACAAUGGAUGGGAUCACGGUCACAAUCAGUGGCUUCAUAAAUAGGUCUCGUACACAUUCAAACGGCUUUCCAUUGGAGAUUUGCCACAAUUUCAUGCUUGGAUUUCCAUAUAACUGGGAGGAGUAUGCUACACAACCUAGUAGUGAAGAAGCCGUUGACAGAAGUUGUCCAUCUGCAGAGUCUGGUUCCUCGGCCAACAGUUGGUGUACUUUGCUGCCAGCUGCUUUUGACGAUCUUCCAGUGACGAAGGCACGCGACUUCUUAAUGUCCCCCCUUCAAGAAUGUGAAAGAAGGACCCUCUUUAAUCACAUAUUGGGAAAGUUGGGCAGCAUUGUUUCCGGAUGUGCUGAAAUUUCACUAACUUCAAACCCGGAAAGUGUGAGUCAUGUCAACACUGCUAAUUUUGUGCAGAAUGAAACUCCACAAGCUCAUAACAGAAGUAAGACUACCCAGAAGUGCAGAGAUGAAGAUGGAACCUUGUAUGAAACUCCACUGACUCGUAACAAAGCUAAGGCUACCCAGAAGUGCAGAGAUGAAGCUGAUAUCUUGGAUGCUACCCCAAGAAGAAUAGUCACCAGAAGCAUGACUAGAUUGAUGAAGAAAAAAUCAUAGGAACAGGCCGGAAGUGUUUGGGUUAACCAAGACUUGUCCAUCUAUAUGCAAGUAUGUAAAUUAACUAUGUAAACAUACAUUUUCUUCUGAUCCCAUGGCCCUUAUAUUU